AUGGAGAAAUCUGAAAUAUUUCGUCCUAUUGCUGUUAUUUUGGAUGGCUCUAAUUAUACUCUAUGGUCUCAACGAAUGAAAAGUUUCUUAAUUGGACGCAAGCUUUGGCGCAUUAUUACUCGCGAUGUUAUUGAACCAGUCCGAGAUGUUGAUGAAAACAAUACCAAGUAUGCAGAACGUCUUGAAGAUUGGGAUAGCAAAAAUCAUCAGAUAAUUACCUGGUUCUGUAACACCUCUAUUUCAGCCAUUCAUAUCCAGUUUGCUGAUUUUGAUACUGCAAAAGAAAUUUGGGAUUUCUUGUCCAAUCGGUACAAAACUACAGGUCUUGCACACUAUUAUCAACUGCUCACAACUCUUGCCAGUCUUAAACAAGACUCCGGACAAUCUGUUAAUGACUUCCUUGCUGUCAUUCAGCCUAUAUGGAAUCAAUUAGCACAAGCUAAUAUCAGUGAUGAUCAUCUUCGCCUUAUUCAGGUUCUCAUGGCUCUACGUCCUGAAUAUGAAUCUGUUCGUGCUGCUCUGUUGCAUCGUGAUCCUUUACCCUCUUUGGAUGCUGCUGUUAAAGAAAUCUUAUUUGAGGAAACACGUCUUGGUUUGAUCAAAUCUCCCUCACCGGAAGUUGCUCUUGCUAUCACUCGGCCACGCUCUACAUCUGGCUCAUCCUUGUGCAAGAAUUGUAGAAAUACAGGACAUACAUUUGCAAAUUGCCCUACUAUUGAGUGCAGAUACUGUAACAAACAUGGUCAUAUUUUGGAAAAUUGUCCAACCCGUCCACCUCGUCCUCAAGGCACUUCAACAAAAUCUUAG